UGAGGAGGUCCAGGGCGUCGACAGGUCAACAGAAGACACAAGAGAUGCCAAGUUUCCCUCCAUGUAAGUUAUGAGUCUCAGUUGAUACUCGUGAAGCUUAAACACAGCGCCACCACGAACAACAACAGUUUUGUGAAGAUGAACGCUUUUAUAAGUUGCUUGAGACGAACCUUAGCCUGACCGCCCCGCCAGUAGCGACACUCUCGUACAGCACGAACAUGAGACUGUAAGUAAAAAACAAUGACGACGACCCUGGGUGGUUGUACACCUGGCGGCCACACCAGUGUGAGCUGUAUCAGAGUCAGCUGUGGUAUGGGAGGUAUUACUGAGCUACACACACACACACCCUCACUCUCCCAGCACUCCCACGGUCCUCCUCCCACGCUCGCCCCUUCUCCGAGCGUGAACGCCCUUCAAUACACCUACUGGGCCUUACACAAACACCUCCACCCACCACCACCUCCCGUAUACGCUCGCCAGCAGGAGUGUUUCCCGGGACGACGUCGGGUCCUCAGCGCUACAUACAGGUGGGGACGACGACACACCCGGCACACACGAAGUGUUUCCUGUAUUGUCGACCACAGCCUCCGUCUCACAGACCACAGCGUCCCUCCCACAUACCACGGCCUCCCGGGUUGUCAUGUCUGGGACCAUCAUCACCAACAUGACACAGCUUACAGGGGUCCCAUUAACCCCGCCAUUACCACCGAGAGAAGAACGGUCACUGCCCUUCCUUCACCCCCACACCUACGCCUACCCUCAAGUACCUGUGGACGUCGGCGGGAGUGUUAUACCGCUUCAGGGGUUCUUCCAGCAGCAUAUAACACACAUGGAGGCCCUGAGACCACCCCGACCAGCUGUGUCCCCAAGGCUGCGACAGAUCAUCCGUCCGGCACCUCUAGUCCCUCAUCCCACAUCUCCCCCUGUUUCCCUUUCCGCCCUCCUCGAUCCUUUCCGCCUCUUCUCUCGCCCAAAGCUGACGAGGAAGUCCUACAUGGAAGUAGAGUACCCGACAACGACGGCUAAAACGACAACAACGACGACGAAGGCUCCUCUCGUCUACUUCCCCGCCGGUGACCAGGGCGAGUGUGGUGACUACAAGCCCCCCGGGUUCGACACGUACAGUUUCAUCGGGUUUCUGUUAGGGGUCGUGAACAUCGUAGCCCAGGUAGCCAACAACGUCAACAACAACCUCAAUAACAACAACAACAACAAUAACGACAACAACAACAACCUGGACAAUAUCAACGUUGCCAACAGCAACAGUAACCAAAAUAACAUGAACACUGUUACUAUACCCCCUGCCAUGGGCCGAAGACGCAAACGAGGGACAAAGGAAGAGGAGGAGGAGGAGGAGGAGGAGGAGGGAAGCAAAUGGCAACGACCCAACGUCGAGGAGGUUCUGGCAGCUGCAGUAGCUGUUCCCUUCCUCAGAACCUUCUGGGUGCUGGCUGGUGGGCGCCCCGGGGAGUGUGUCUUAAGAGCCGUCUGUGAGGCAAACUUUAAUGCCACCUACGACCUCCACCACACCCAUGAUCGCUCCUUCAACUACAACAACACUGCCCGCGACGACAGCGACCUCGCUCAAAUCUUCGCCGCGAUCUUCACCGAGGCCCUGGGUGAGUGGGCCCCACCAGCAGGUGUCCCCAGGUCUUCCAUCACGGCAUCUGGACUCUAUGGUCGUCGAGGACAGGAUUGUUCAUUCCUCAGUCCCCAUUGUUCAAGGGCGGCAUGGAAGCGCAUCCUCAGGGACGUCGAGGACCACCAGACCAUGAACCUAAGCUUCCUGAAGGAGGAGGAAGGCGAGGAGGACCUCCUAGAUCACAUCAGGAACCACUCCGAGGACUUCGCUGACCUGGGGCUGCCUAAUAUCGCCUCCAUUUUUAAUUUUGAUGAAUUUAUAUGAGAGUCGGAUGUUGGUGUAUGAAAAUCCGUUUGAAUUUGGGUUACGGAUUAGAGAAUCGAAAUUUUCUGUGGCUGAGAAUUAGAAACCCGUCAUUUCCUGGGGGCAUUGAACAAGAGAGCUUCCAUUUUCUGUGGUAAAGGACAAUAGCACUUUUAUUUUCUGCGGCUACGGACGAGGAUAAUGUUCUGGUCUGUGUUACAAGGGAAGCUCAAGUUUUGUUAUUGGACUCCGAACCAUUAUUUGUGAGACAGAUUAAUUUUUUCUUAAUAAAAUCUA